AUGGAUGAUGAUGGCAUCGCGGAAGGGACUAAUGCCUUGCGACUCCAUGGCAUGGAUGGUGAUCAUGACAAGGAUGGUGAUCAUGUUCACAAAGCCUCACAACAACAUGCCAUGGAAGAUCAUGUUCAAGUUCAUGAUCAUAAGCAUAAUGGUGAUGUCCAUGGUCAUCCAUCAUCCCACAUGGAUCACAUGGACCCUUCAUUGAUUGUGUUCUUCAUUUUGGAUGAUCUAAAGGUGGGGAAAAUAAUGCCCAUCUUCUUUCCCAAUAAAGACCUCUCCUCUUCACCUCACUUCUUGCCCAAAGAAGAAGCUGAUUCCAUUCCUUUCUCGCUGCAAGAACUUCCCGAACUUCUUCAACUCUUCUCCUUUUCUCGAGGAUCUCCUCAAGCCAAAGCCAUGGAAGAUACACUUAGACAAUGUGAGAUUGAGCCCAUGAAAGGAGAGGUCAAGCACUGUGCUACCUCAUUAGAGUCCAUGCUUGACUUCACGCGUGCCAUUUUCGGAUUGGAGAGUCAAUUCAAAGUUCUGUCAACUACCCACCUCACAAAAACGAAUUCCAAUACCCUUGUACAAAACUAUACUGUUUUGGAGGUGCCUCGAGAGUUCUCAGCUCCGAAAAUGGUGGCAUGUCACACCAUGCCUUAUUCUUAUGCAGUGUUCUACUGUCAUAGCCAAGUGAGUGAAAGUAGGGUGUUUCAGGUUUCACUAGGGGGUGAAAAUGGAGAUAAAGUGGAAGCUGUUGCUGUUUGUCACUUGGAUACCUCUCAAUGGAGUCGUAAUCAUGUUUCCUUUCGUGUGCUGGGAAUCGAACCGGGGACCUCCCCGGUGUGCCAUUUCUUUCCGUGGGAUAAUCUUGUUUGGGUUCCAUUGCCUACCUCAAUAGUUCAAUCUAGCUAG